CCGCCGGAAAACCGGUAAUAAUGUCCAGUUCUAAUACCGUCAUGUCUUGCAAGGCUAUAAAUCAGUUGUGAUCCCUCAGCCAGCACUAUUGCGGCCCGCUCUGUCUGCCUACGAUCAUCUUUACCGAUUUACUGAUUUUCAUCCAUCCCGCUGAUAUGGAUGUGGUCCGUACUUCGAGCCUCCUGUAUGACUACGAGAACUCUCGACAGUACAGCGUUCAAGAUUUCCUACUCUUCGUGAGGAGAAAAACUCAAGAAGCGGGAACAGUCGUUGCAUGUGACCUUUAUUACAUUCCCUCUCGAUCGUCCUGGUACCAUGAAUUUCUUGUUGUUCACGUCGAUAUGAGUGGAGAAAGGCUCAUGCUCAUCAUCGAACGUGUCCCUAGUAACCAUGGUAUACGAGUAGUAUCCUCGAAUGGUGGAGUUGCAAGAGACACUAUCACAGUCCUGCGAACGAGGCAGCAGUAUGUGUACUGGCAAAGAGCCGGUCAAGCGCCCGUAUGCAAGGGUACACUUCGAUGGCAGCACCCUCCACCCCACCUCUUAGACGUCGCUUUCUUUGCAAGCGCGGCAUCUACCACUUUUAAACACUACAAUUUUUACACUUGUCAGUGUUAUUGGUACGCCAGGGUCACCCUAGCUGCGAUGGCGAGUGCGUUUCCGUCUUGCUCAAGGGAAGGCACUACGUCGUUCUCAAAGAAAAGACUUGCAAUGUUUGGGUGCUACAAGCCGUCACAGGUUCAGCUCAUCGUUGACCUUCAUAGUAAUUACUGCAAGGAUUUGCACCCACCCCCAGUCGAGACCGAACGACGCACCUCUCGCAUAGUGAUACCCGAUAUUCUCUACGGUUUAGCUGCGUUUAUAGUCGACUUUAUAACAUUUCGAUUUCUUGCACUAUUAACAUUCCCCGAACCAGACCCUGACACUGGAAAUCGACAUGGCAGGAGCAACACCGGAAUCUAACCGGUGUGUGGCAUCCUGUUUAGAUGGAUGACGACUCGAGACUUCUUGUUUUUAGUCCAUACUUGCGCGACCCGUGAAUUUGUCUACGGUAUUACAACCACAGCAUAUCAUGUAUUUAUUGUCGGUGUUCCUCUCAGCCGGUACUGGGUGUAACUGGGAAAAUCGCAAUACAUGACGUGGUGCACCACACACCAUGUAGAUGAUACAUACUGAAGACUGCCGCCUAGUGCUCACAUUAAUGAUGCAGUUGAUAUGAUGGAGAAAGAACGGAAGUAUUCUUUCU